AUGGCGGCGACCGCUGUAGCGCACGGCGCCCGGUCGCCCUCUGGGCCCGGUGCAGUCGAUCUCGAGGGCAGUAUCGUCUCCAGCCCUCUCAGCGAGGUUGAAGACGGCGACGCCAACGACCAAGAUAUUGAACACAUGCAGCUCGACGGUCGUGGCCACAUCGGCGACAAGUCAAGCGUCAGCGGCGACGACCAUCGCAUUGCCAACCACGACGGCUCCGACUCCGACAGCGCCCUCUCCGAUGCGGCCUCCGACGUCAACUCGGAUGUCAACGACACCGAGGCCGAGACCGAAAGACUAUACGAUACUCCCAAGAGCCAGAGGCAUCGCGACGUAGUCGUCGACCAGUUCAACAAUGGCCGGGUCUUCGAGCACACCCCCAGCAAGCUGCACAGAACCACUGGGGCCGAAGCAGACCACGACAAUCGCGACGACUUGUCCGUCUCUGGUGACGAAGAGUCUGUCGCCUCCAGCUUGGCUGGGAGAGAAGACUCGCCCGCGAAGCCCGCCACGGCGAAUGAUACGAGCAUCGACGAGGAUGCCAAGCUCGACUCGCAGGACCGCAAGCGCAAACGGAAGCGAAAUGGCUCGCUGGGAGCACCAGGGGCGACGGUCGAACAAGACACGCCAAUGAACGAGGAUGAUAGCACGUCAGCGAACCCUCAGAGCGGCCACCAGUCCGGUGGCGAGGACGAGGCCAGCUCUACGUCAAACCGAGACGCCACCGUCGAGGCACCAGAACGAGAAACAAGGAAGUCGAAGCGCAAUUCAUCCAAGCGCAAAGGGCUACUCGCUGGCGAUGCGGCCGGUGGGGCCGACAGCGACACGCGCGAGUACCCGGCGGAUGUCGCGGUCGGGGACGAAGCUGAGCACCCUGAAGAGGAGCCGGACGGAGACGCGGAAGAGGAGGCGGAUCUUGCAGCCAAGAACAUUGAAGAGAUGGAGAGGAAGCACGCCGCCUUCAGAGACUGGACACACAUCGAGGAUAUGUUCAGCGUCUUCAGAGAGAGGCUUUACAAAGACCGCCUCCAGCGGCUGGAGGAGGAGGAGCAGUCUCUCCUGGCUGACGAGCCCACACAUCCCGAGUACCUGAGCAUGAAGAAAUGCAUCGACGAGCGGCUGGACAAGAGAUUGCAAGAAGCCGACGCAGAAUACGAGCUCCAGAUGACGGCCAACGACCGACGUGCGGUGGCGGAACGGGCACAAAUCUGGAGCCAAUUCUUCCAGGCCGUGCGCGAGAAGAGGGAGCAGGCUUUGGAAAGGCUGAACCAACAGUGGUACGAGGUCCAGAGCGCCAGGCGGAGCGCGCACAGCCUGCCCGACUAUGGCCUGCUGUUCCCCAAAGACCCUGCGCAGCGGGUUCGAAACGCCAUCGCGUACAACACAGAGGUCUCGACGCUUGCGGGCUUGGCCAAGUACGAGGGUUUCCCAGCUGGCCCCGAGCUCAAGGGUGCGUCAAUGAGUGAACUGGAAGCCGAUUUGUCUGCCAUUGAGCACGUUCAUCAUGGCCGCCAGAAGCAUACGGCUCACCACCAGCCACGCGAAGAGUACCACACGCCAACAUUCAGCCGCCUUGGCCCCGCGGGAGAGCAGUUCAUCAAGGACACGCCAUGGGCUAACCCCAACCACUCGGCUCAUAAACUGCACAAGGAGCCGGCCCAGACAGACGGCCCCGCCAAACGAGCGACUCAGUCCACCAGUCGCCCUCCAGCGGACGUCAAGGCGACUUUUGACGGUCAGUUCAGGGCUCACAUAUCGCCUGCACUGUCCAAUCGAGUGUCCGAGUCGCCGGAGAUGGCGCGCGGCAUCCCGAACCAGGCUGCGCAUCCGAUGAAGCGGGUAAGCAGCAUCCCAAAGCUUGCGCGCGGAUCGAGGGCCGCAGCGGCCUGA